UUGCAUGUGACUGUUUUUUCCCACCUCCCAUGAUCAGAUUCAUUCUUGUCCAGAAUCGCCAGGGUAAAACGCGGCUAUCCAAAUGGUAUGUUCCAUUCGAGGAUGACGAGAAGGUGCGAUUAAGAGGGGAAGUUCAUCGUUUAAUUGCCCCUCGGGAUCAAAAGUAUCAGUCAAACUUCGUGGAAUUUCGUAAUUACAAGAUCGUGUACAGAAGAUAUGCUGGGCUUUUCUUCUGUGUCUGUGUGGACUCGAAUGAUAACGAACUGGCGUACCUUGAAGCAAUACAUUUAUUUGUGGAAGUACUGGAUUCAUUCUUCUCCAACGUUUGCGAGCUGGAUCUUGUCUUCAGUUUUUAUAAGGUGUAUGCCAUUCUCGAUGAAGUCUUUCUCGCAGGAGAGGUCGAAGAAACAAGCAAAGAGGUGGUACUAGGACGAUUAGAGCAGCUCGAGAAACUGGAAUGAUUAUCAGUCUGCUAUGACUUCCACUUCAGAGCCAGCGUUACUCGGUCCUCGCAUCGUACAGACAAACGUCAACUGCCCAUCGUCUUUGAUAUCCUUACAGUGUAUCUAAUACAGCAUUAUUGUGCAACCUCAUACCCUACGAUUCAGCCAUCUGUUUCUGCCGACUUCAAGUCCAAAGUAUUCUCAUCGACGUCAUUCGCUCCGGACUCCACUGGCUCUUUGAAUGCUGUGUCACGCUGAACACCUUUUUUCUGUAUUGCUGCCUCCGUAAUAACGCCCCCAGCAUUGAGAUAUUCGAAGUCGGGUC